UAUUCAAAUAUUAAAGUGGAAGAAAGCCUGUAACCUCCCUGGCGGUAUUCCCGAGUGUAGCUUGGGGUAAAGUUUCAGUACCACAAGCGGUAACCCCGAGCUACACUCGGGCUUACCAUGCGGUGCUCUGUUCUUCUCUUUCCUUGUCCUGCGCUCCCGCGAUGUCCCUCCUGCAGUGUCCCCUGUAAUGUCCUCUGGCGGAUGCCGGCAUCUGUCUUCUGGGUUCCGUCCCCUGAGACGUCGGGACGUACGGGGACGGAACAGCAGGAAAUUUGAAAAUGACAAAAAG